AUUUCGGAGUGAGGUGUACGAUCCUCUCGUCCUGCAGCACCAGCCAUGCCGUUCAGGUUGGGGAAGAAGUCCAAGAAAAAUACAAAGGAACUAAAGAAAGAUCUGGAGCAGGAUGAACAUAAAAUAUCCUUGGAGGAACUGUACACCAGGCUCGAUGUGGACCCACGCGUGGGGCUGUGUGAGGAGGAGGUGAGGGCCAGGCAGGAGCGGGAUGGCCUCAACGUGCUGGAGUCCAUCAGGCGGGUCUCCUCAGUGUAUAUCUUCCUGAAGCAGCUGGUGACAGGCUUCUCCCUCCUGCUGUGGGCGGGAACUGCUCUCUGCAUCUUCGCCUAUGUGGCUUCCAUCUUGCAGCGCGAUACAAAAAAUGAAUAUCUGUACCUGGGCAUUGCUCUGGCAGGGGUGGAGUUGAUAUCAGCAGGCUUCAGCUUCAUGCAGGAGCGCAAAGGUUCCAAGAUCAUAGAGUCAUUCAUCAAAAUGGUGCCGUUGGAAACAGUUGUGAGGCGCAGUGGGAAGGAGUUCACCAUCGACACGAAGGAGCUCUGCACUGGGGACAUAGUGAAAGUGAAGGCCGGUGACCGCAUUCCUGCUGAUCUCCGCAUGAUUGAGGUGCAAGGAUUGAAGGUGGACAAUGCCCCACUGACAGGAGAGAGCACACACAUCACCCUCACAGUAGAAGCUUCAGAGGAGAAUGUUCUUGAUGCCACCAACAUUGCAUUCUUCUCCACGAGUGCUGUGGAAGGAAAGGGAGUUGGCAUUGUGAUCAACAUCGGUAAUGGGACAGUGAUGGGCCACAUUGCUGCCCUGACUGCAACGAUACAGCCUUUGGAGACUCCACUAUCCAGGGAAAUCAGUCACUUUGUGUGGUUCAUCACCAUUAUAUCCAUUAUGCAAGGCUUCAUUCUCCUUGCUUUGGCAUUGCUUAUGGGGUAUGGGUGGUUAGAGGCCAUUAUAUACCUGGUGGGCAUCAUUGUGGCCAACGUUCCUGAAGGUCUACUGGUCACUGUGUCGGUCUGCCUCACACUGGCUGCAAAGCGUAUGUCCAAGGAGAACUGCCUCAUCAAGAACCUGGAGGCUGUGGAGACUCUGGGCUCCACGUCUGUCAUCUGCACUGAUAAGACAGGAACGCUUACCCAGAACUGCAUGAGUGUGGUCCACCUGUGGGUGAACCUGCAGGUGGUGCCAGUGAAUACCUCAGAGUAUGGCACCCCUUCACAGAUACUGGCCCCUCCCAAGACUCUGAGGGUGCUGGCCCGUAUUGCUGCCAUUUGCACCAAUGCCACAUUUGAGGAUGCCAGUGAUGUCCCCAUUGUGAAGCGGCAAGUAUUUGGGGAUGCAUCUGAGGCGGCUCUCAUCAAGUGGGUGGAGCUGUCCUUUGGCAACCUGGAGGAGACUCGUGCCUCUUACAAGAAAGUCUUUGAAAUUCCAUUCACCUCAGUCAGCAAGUACCACUUGUGCAUUUAUGAAAUUCAUGGGAAGCGGUACUCAAAUUUCAUGGUGGUGAUGAAGGGCGCCCCAGAGGUGGUGCUGAAUGCCUGCCACACUGCCCUUGUGCAUGGACAUGAGAAACCCCUGGAAAACAGUUUCAUGAAAGCCUUUGAGGAGACCCACGAGAUGUUGGCCAGCCAUGGGGAACGAGUACUGGGCUUGUGUGACUGCCACCUGCCAGCCAAACACUUCCCACGUGACUAUCAGUUCGACUCUGAGAAGAUGAACUUUCCCAUGAGUGGCUUUCGCUUUGUCGGCCUCAUAUCGCUGAUAGACCCACCAAGGGCCAAUGUACCAGUGGCCAUCUCUCAGUGCCGUGCAGCGGGAAUAAGGAUAGUCAUGGUGACGGGUGACCAUCCCAUCACUGCCAAGGCCAUCGCCAGAAAGGUGGGCAUCAUCUCGGCCAGAAGCGAAACUAUAGAAGAAGUUGGCAAAAGACUGUGUCUCCCCAUCAGUCAGGUGGACCCAAGCCUUGCCCCAGCCAUUGUCUUGCAUGGUAAUGAUCUAUCUAAGAUGAGCUCAAAAGACUUAGUGCAGGUGUUUUCCAGCCACCAGGAGAUAGUGUUUGCCCGCACGUCUCCACAGCAGAAGCUCAUUGUGGUGGAGGGAUUCCAGGAGACAGGUGCCAUCGUGGCAGCCACAGGCGACGGGGUAAAUGAUGCACCGGCACUCAAAAAGGCUGAUAUUGGAGUGGCAAUGGGGAUAUCUGGCACAGAGGUGUCCAAGGAGGCUGCUGACUUGAUCUUAAUGGAUGACAACUUUGCAUCCAUUGUGAGAGGAGUGGAGGAGGGAAGAAUAAUUUUUGAUAACCUGAAGAAAUCAGUGAUGUAUACCCUCACUUCAAAAGUUUCAGAGGUUGGCCCCUUCAUCUUCUUUGUCAUUGCCAGAAUCCCACUGCCUCUUGGAGCAAUCACCAUUCUCUGCAUCGACUUGGGGACUGACAUAGUGUUUCCACAGAUGCCUGCCAUAUCCCUUGCCUAUGAGGAGGCGGAGUCUGACGUCAUGAAGCAGCAGCCUCGUGACCCGUGCCAGGACAGGCUGGUCAACUCCAGACUGCUGUGCAUUGCAUACUGGCAGCUGGGAGUCAUCCAGGCCCUGGCAGGAUUCUUUACCUACUUUGUGGUGAUGGCAGAGAAUGGCUUCCUUCCUGGGAGACUUUUUGGCAUCCAGAAGCAGUGGUACUCUUGGAGCAUCAAUGACCUCGAGGACUCUUAUGGGCAGGAGUGGAACUACCAUGACCGCAAGGUGCUGGAGUACACCUGUCAAUCGGCCUUCUUCGUGAGCAUUGUGGUGGUCCAGUGGGCCACCCUCCUUAUCUGCAAGACCCGACGCAACUCCCUCAUCCGCCAGGGCAUGAGGAAUUCAGUGCUGAAUUUCUCCCUUUUCUUUGAAACUGUGCUGGCUGCCCUUCUUAUCUACCUCCCCGGCAUGGACCAGGCACUCCACAUCUACCCCUUGCAUGCUCAGUGGUGGUUUUGUGCAGUGCCAUUCUUCUUCCUGGCCCUCACCUAUGGCGUGAUGCUCACCUACUUGAUACGGCACUACCCAGGCAGCUGGGUGGAGGAGGAGAUGUAUUACUAAGGCACUGAGGCUACUGUUAAUUCUACUACUACUGCCACCUGGUACACCUUUCCCUAAUCACCAAUUACUCUUUACUUGUUCCACAGCCACAUCUUAUUGCAAAACAUAUUCUUUUCAUCGAUAACUUUCUUGUAGGUGCUUAUAGAGACUUCACACAUUGCUAAUUGUUUUGUGUUGCAGUGAAAGGGUUAAUACUACUACCAUUACUACAUGGAGAGUAUAUCAGUGACUUUAAUACUACUACUUAUACUGAUACUACUGUUACUACUACAACUUCUACUACUAUACAGGACAUGAAGGGUGUAUAUCUAACUCCAGUACUACUACUACUACUGCUCCUGCUACUGCUACUCUAGGAAAGGUGUUUAGUUUGUUAGUGCAGCGAGGAAACUUAUUAUUGUUCCUGAUAUUACUGUGAGAAAGGUUCUGUAUUGUCAGGUAUUAGUUUUUGUAAACUGUACAUAAAAAUACUGUAUAUUUUGACCAUGUAUUCAGACUUUUAACGGAAGACUAUGUUGUAAAAAGCUAUUAGGUAUUACUGGUCUGUGUAACUUAUAUGUAACGAUGGUUCUUGAAAGUUAUAUUAGGUUUUUGAUUGAAGGUUCUGUUUCUUAGCUGUAUAGAGGGAUAUAGGCACUGUUUGGAAGCUUGUUUAUGUCAGCUGCUUUACUUCUUGUUGUGAGAGUAUAUGAACCAGUGGAAAUUGUCUGGAUUAUUUAUUUAGUCAUUUAUUUAUAUUUUCAUGUGUGACUGCCCAGGAAUCUCCUUGUUGAUUGGCUUUAAUAUUCUUGUGAUAUUUUUUAAAACAAGUUUGGGUGAGAUGUUAUGCUAUAUUUUAUCAUUGUGUCUUGUUUAUUAAAAGAGGAGUGAAUAAGAAA